UUGCGGAGUAAGCGACCAAAUCUUAGUCAUCUUAAGGUUUUUGGUUGUGUAUGCUAUGCACGAACAGAGAUUGCGGGAAGGAAGAAACUCGAUGAUAGGUCUAAAGCAUUGGUACAUCUAGGAACCGAGCCUGGCUCGAAGGCUUACCGGCUACUCAACCCUUCAAGCCAGAAGAUAGUAGUCAGUCGCGACGUAUAUUUUGAUGAAGAUAAACAAUGGAAGUGGAGCAAGGAUGAGACAGAGAAAUCAACGGAAUCGAGUGUGCUUGAAUUUGAUCUCUUACCGUUAAAAGAUGACAGCGAUCAACGAGUAACUGAGGUGAUGAGCGAAGCUGAUGAUGAUGGUGACAUGAAUGAGGAAGACGAGUGUGAGGAGCACGAAGAGGAAGAUGUUAUCACACAGCCAGAAUUGAGACGAUCGAGUAGAGAAACAACUACACCAUCAUACCUAAAAGAUUAUAUACUCCUAGCCGAAGCAGAGUGCGAGAAGCUAUUGAUGAUUAUAAACAACGAACCAUGGGAUUUUAAUGAGGCUAAAGAGCUCGACGUUUGGGUUGAUGCUUGUAAAGAUGAGAUAUUCUCCAUUGAGAAGAACAACACAUGGAUACUUGUCGACUUACCAAAGGGUUUCAAACCUAUUGGUUUAAAAUGGGUGUUCAAGAUAAAGAGGAAUGCAGAUGGAAGUAUCAGCAAGUACAAAGCGAGGUUGGUAGCAAAAUGAUAUGUUCAGAGACACGGCAUUGAUUAUGACGAGGUCUUUGCUCCAGUAGCUCGGAUUGAAACCAUCAGACUAGUGAUCACACUUGUAGCUUCACACGGGUGGGAGAUACAUCAUUUAGAUGUAAAAACGGCUUUCUUACAUGGAGAUUUGAAGGAAGAAGUCUAUGUUAGUCAACCUGAGGGCUUUGAGAUCAAAGGCAAAGAAGAUAAGGUGUAUAAGCUUAAUAAAGCUCUUUACAGCUUAUGGCUGGCUCCUGGAGCAUGGAACAUCAAACUAAACCGGAUUCUACUAGAUUUCGGCUUCACUCGAUGCUCUAAGGAACCUUCAGUAUACAGAAGAAAAGAUACAAAGGGCUUAUUGCUGGUAUGUAUGUAUGUUGAUGACUUGCUUGUGACUGGUUCUUCCUUGCAGUCAACGGUUGAGUUCAAACGAGAGAUGGCAAGCAAGUUCGAGAUGAGCGACUUAGGGAGAUUGACUUACUAUCUAGGCAUAGAAGUACUACAGUAUGAUGGUGGCGUGGUGUUGUCUCAGGAUAGGUAUGCUCGUAAGAUCUUGGAGGAUGCUGGUAUGAAUAGCUGCAAUCUUGCUCAUGUGCCCAUGGAAGUGAAUACUCGACUUUCUAAGUCAGUUCUUGAGAAGGGCAUUUACGAGAGAGAGUAUAGAAGAACCAUAGGAUGCCUUUGAUAUUUAUUACAUACUCGGCCUGAUCUCUCUUUCAGUGUAGGCGUGCUAAGUAGAUAUAUGCAAGAGCCUAAAGUCUCUCACGGUGUGGCUUUGAAACAAGUGCUUCGGUACCUGCGUGGUACAACAACACUUGGUUUACGGUACAAGCAUUCUAUUGCAUGGGAACUGAUUGGUUAUAGCGAUAGCUCGCACAAUGUGGAUGAGGAUGAUGACAAGAGCACAGCUGGACAUGUUUUCUAUCUAGAUAAAAAUCCAAUUACUUGGAGCUCACAGAAGCAAGAAAUCGUGGCACUAUCUUCAUGCGAGGCUGAAUUUAUGGCCGCAACGGAGGCCGCCAAGCAAGCGAUUUGGCUUCAGGAACUCAUGAGUGAGGUCGUGGGUGAUGUAUGCAACAAGGUGACCGUGAAGGUUGACAACAAGUCUGCCAUGUCACACACAAAGAACCCAGUGUUCCAUGGUCGCAGAAAGCAUAUUCAUCGGAGAUUCCAUUUCAUUAGAGAAUGCGUAGAGAAUGAGCAAGUUGAAGUUGAACAUGUUCCGGGGAGUGAACAAAGAGCUGAUACUUACAAAGGCUCUAAGUAGAAUUCGAUUCAAGGAAAUCAGAAGUCUUAUUAGAGUUCAUAGUGUGAGUGAAGAUGGAAUCAAGCUUAAGGGGGAGAAUGUUGGAAUAAGCUUGACAAUAGCUUAAGACACAAGCUAUCCUAAUCCUAGUGAGAUAUGGUUUUGUAAUAGGAUUAGGAAAUAAGGAAAGAUUGUUAUACUAAUAGGAUUAAGAGUUAUCUAGUCUUAUAAAUAGAGAUGCUUAUGUUGUUGCAUCUCGUGUGAGUUGAGAGAGUGAUUUUGUGAUUUGAAACUUGUGAGUUUGAUUGAUUAAUAAGAGAAGGACUUCUUGUUAAACUGUGUUUGUGAUUCAAUAGUAGGUGUCUCUAGGUUUAACCCACUUGGUUUCCCCUGAACAUGGAUUCCAAACCACGAGUCUCUUGUCCUUUGUGGUGCAUAACAAUAAGCCAUCGCAGUGAAAAACGUUACGUAUGUCGACUUCUUUGGAGAAUCAGAAAGAGGAUCUUACAGGUAUAAUGCAUGAGGUGCAACCUUAACAGAUGGAGCAUGAAGGUUGAUCUUUACUAAGCAAACCUUAUGAUUAAUCAAUGUGAUCAUCAGAGACUCCUCCUUUGGUGCAUGAGCAGCGUGCAUCUUAGCGAAGCUCCCACUUUUCAAUUUAGCGUUCCAUUGUUUCGAUGUUUCUCGGAGUCGUACCAAAGGUAUAGCCAAAACCCUAGAGAGUAUAUCCUCUACCAAAUCCCCCGGAAGGCUACUCUACAAGUCAAAAGUCUCUUAAUAAUAUAACGAAGAAAGAUGGAGAGAGGUGACAAAAAAAAGAGAGAGAGAGAUAUGGAGAGAGAAAGCAAGCUACAACCGAGAUAGACCUAAUUUUACAUUUAUAUAUAAGUUUCCUAUUUUCAAAACUUGAGUCAAAAAGACAAUCUAACAUAUUUGCAAAGGGCAAUUGUCCAAAAGAACACCUUUCAAGUUUAUGUCACAAAAAUGACACCAGGAAAUGAAAGUCACAAAAAUGACAUUCAUUAAAGGGCAAAAUGUCACUACUACCCUUGUGUUAUAAGAAUAAAAAAAACAAACAAUUCAUUUCCUUCACUUUCGAACAGUGUCGUCUCCGGCUCGGGAAUCUUCAAACCCUCACCGGCACUGUCGUCUCCGGCUCGCGAAUCAUCGUCUCCGGCUCGCGAAUCAUCGUCUCCGGCUCGGGAAUCAUCGUCUCCGGCUCGGGAAUCAUCUUCUCCGGCUCGUUAGUCAUCUUAUUCGGCUCGCUAAUCAUCUUCUCCGGCUCGCUAAUCAUCUUCUCCGGCUAUCUAAUCAUCAGCGUCACACUCUCUACUCUCAAAAUCGGACACAAAUCACUAUCGAAGCAAAUGAAAGACUUUUGAAUUGUGGGAACACAAAGUUGUUGGAGCAUAAUUCAUCUCUUUGAGGAUAGAAACAAGAUGGGAGAUUCAGUACCUCUAAAACUAGCACUGCCAGAGCUGAAGUAUCCUAUUGGUUCACAGCCAAAGCAAAAGUCAGCAAUCAACCAAUAUUCCGGCUCAGAGUAUAUCUCCAUUGUUGACAGCAUCCUAAAACCAGAUGAGAUGAUAAGAGUCCGAGGAUCAUUUCUGGGACCUAUAAUGAAGCUCAGUGAGAGAGGAUUGAAGUUAUCAGCAAAGAUGGUCUACGCCAUUCUCACUAGAAGCAUCGUUUCUGUCAAGGAGAAUGAAGCCUGGUUCCAUUUCGGUGCGCAGCCAAUGAGGUUCUCUAUAAGAGAAUUUCAUAUGAUGACAGGCUUGAAAUGUAGUGGUGCAUUAGAAGGACCACGAAGGGAAACCGAUAGAUUUAAUUGGGAAUUGCUAAAGGGGCGUAGUCAUAAGUUAAGUGACGUGGUGGAACAGCUCAGAAACACAAGAGAAGAUGCUUCUGAGGAGAGAGUAUGCCUCGCAAUGCUCAUCCUGGUAGAGAGCAUAUUAUUGCGGAAGAGCAAAGGAGGGAGUUUUCCUUUGGAAUAUGCGAAAAAUGCACAGGAUAUGACAUAUCCAUGGGGGAAAGAGGCUUACAUUGUGCUCCUGAAGUCAAUUCAAAACGCUGUCGCGAAUCAUUUGGAGAAUAAAUCCAAAUUUGAGUUGCAAGGUUAUCCUCUAGUAUUCCUUCUUUGGAUACUAGAGUCGAUUCCUUUGCUAAGGAAUAAGUUCAGUAAGUGUGUACCAACAGUUGAGGUUCCUGGGCCGACUUACUUGUGUGAAAAAUACACUGACGUAGAGAAUCCAUCACUUGAUAGGGUUUUACAGGUUGAAGCUGAUACAAAGCUGAAGGUCCAUUGCAUACUACCUUCUAUUCCUCAUGAUCCAGAAGAUGAUAUCUCCAUUGAAGACAAAUAUAGUGACGAGCUGGAAACACUGAAAGAUGUAACAAAGAAAGGGUACAAGCUUACAGCCGAUGACUGGGAAAAUAGGUGUGUAGACACAUUUGAAACAUUGGAUGCUCUUAUUCAAAUGAUGGCAAAUAAGGAGACUGGCCAAGCUUCUACUCCGAUUGAUGAGGAUUCAGUAAAUGAAAAAGUGAACAGGAUCAUCGAGGUAAUGGAGGAGAAUCUGAAGAGCAUGAAGGAUCGAAUGUCAUUACUGGAAGAAGAAAACAUGCAUCUUAGAGCCCGUGUGUCAGAGUUGGAAGGAAACAACAAUGUUUUUCCCACUAACGUGACACAACAGCGAUCCAGUGGGACACCUUUAUCUCCAAUGUCUCACACGCAACCAUCGAGUGAGACGCCUUUAUCUCCAAUGUCUCAACAGCCUAAUUUGACACAUGAGGUAUGUAACCAAUAAAUAUUGUUGAGUUUUGAAGUAAUAUUUGGAAACUUUUGUACAUAUUCUUGAAUGCAUUCUUGAUUUUUGCAGGAGACAAUGAAUGAAUCAGAUGAUGACACUCCUGCCCUUGAUACUCAAGUAUUCUCUCCUAAUCUGACAAAAGAGGUAUAUGCUCAAUGAUAUUGUUUUCACAGUUGGAGUUUACAAAUUAGUUUUGGGUGAUUUUUUUUACAUAUAAAGGCUUUUCUGAUUUUUGACAGAAAGAAACAAGUGAGUCACCUGCUGAGAGGCCAUCCAAUCCUAAUCAAGAUGGAAAACCAGAU